AUGAUUCGGCAGUCCUACCACAUUAGAACAGGGGGUGAAGGCGGUGGCAAGGGUUUCAGCGCAUUCUCUGCCAUCACCCCAACUGCCAACCGAGCAGCUUUCAGCUCAAUAUCUCCUGCGCAAGCAGGUGGUGGUGGCAGCUUGGGAAGGAUCCAUAUUGGUACUGGUGGUGGAGGUGGUUUUGCCAGUAGGAGUCUUUACAAUCUUGGUGACACUAGGAAAAUGUCCAUCAGCAAAGGUAGCAGCCUGCGCAGUGGACUCUGUGGUGGAGGAUAUGGUUUUGCCAGUGUAUCUGGUAGCGGUUUUGGUUUGGGUGGUGGUCCCAGGGGUGGAUUUGGUGUUGGAAGUGGGGGGAUGGGGUAUAGUUUUGGUGGGGGACUCGGUGCUCCUAGAAAUUCCAUAAGCUUUGGUAGCAGUGGUACCAUCCAAGAAGUGACUGUUAACCAGAGCCUCCUUGCACCCCUGAAACUGGAAAUUGAUCCAAACAUCCAACAGGUGCGAAAAGAGGAGAAGGAACAGAUGAAGUCCCUCAACAACAAAUUUGCCUCUUUCAUUGACAAGGUCCGUUUUCUGGAACAGCAGAAUAAAGUUCUGGAAACCAAGUGGACCCUCUUGCAAGAUCAAGGCUGGAAAUCUGGUGCCGGCAAGAUCAACCUUGACCCACUCUUUGAGGCCUACAUCAGCAAUCUAAAGAAGCACCUAAGUAGCUUCAUCAAUCAGAGGGGGAGACUGGAUGGUGAACUGAAGAACAUGCAGGAGCUUGUUGAAGACUUUAAAGUGAAAUAUCAAGAUGAAAUCAACCGGCGCACAACUUCAGAGAAUGAAUUUGUCAUGCUCAAAAAGGAUGUGGAUGCUGUCUAUAUGAACAAAGUAGAGCUGGAGGCAAAGGUGGACUCCUUGACAGAUGAACUCAACUUCCUAAGGGCCCUCUAUGAUGCGGAGCUGGCUCAGUUGCACACUCAGAUGUCUGACACUGCUGUCAUCCUCUCAAUGGAUAAUAACCGAGACCUGGACCUGAACAGCAUCAUUGCUGAGGUGAAAGUCCAGUAUGAGGACAUUGCCAAUAGAAGCCGAGCUGAAGCUGAAUCAUGGUACCAAACCAAGUUUGAGGAGCUUCAGGCCACAGCAGGGAAACAUGGUGAUGAUUUGCGUAAUACAAAAGGAGAGAUUUCAGAGCUCAAUCGGAUGAUCCAGAGGAUACGGGCUGAAAUUGAAAAUACCAGAAACCAGUGUGCCAGUCUGCAGACAACAAUUACAGAUGCUGAGGAGCGUGGGGAACUGGCUGUCAAAGAUGCCAAAGCCAAGCUCCUUGAAUUGGAGGAUGCUCUGCAGAAAGCCAAGGAGGAAAUGACUCGCUUGUUGCGGGAGUAUCAGGAACUGAUGAAUGUCAAACUGGCCCUUGAUAUUGAGAUUGCCACAUAUAGAAAGCUCCUGGAAGGAGAAGAAAGCAGGCUCAGUGGAGAGGGUGUCAAUCCAGUGAGCAUCUCUGUUGUCAGUUCCAGUGCUGGAGGUGUUGGCAGUGGUGGAUCUGGCCUAGGAGGAAGUUAUGGCAGUCUUGGAGGAGGAGGUGGAGGGUUUGGUGCUCUUGGUCUUGAUGGAGGAGGUUUUGGCCUUGGAAGUAGCUUGAGUUUUGGAGGUGGUGGUGGUGGCCGCCUUGGGAGCAAUGGCUUCGGAAGUGGACUUGGUCUUGGAAGUGGUUAUGGUGGUAGUAGCGGAUUAAGCUUUGGAGGAAGCAAUUUCAGUUCUGGGAGUGGAAAAGGCUUCGGGACAGGAAGCACCUCUGGUCUGAAAAUUAUCUCCAAAACUUCUAUCACCCAAAAGACUGUCAGAAACUAAAGCCUGAAGCAUUCCCAACAACCUGAGCAAGUUCACAUGUGUUUUUUUCCAUUUCUGUCAUCAUUAGCAAGAGCUGCACUUUUCUAGUUCCCUUAAUUAACUGAAAUUCCAAAUGGCAGCUCUGUAUUUAACACAAAUUUUAGUUGUAACUAAACUGACAGAAGCUUUAAUAUAAAAUAAUUACAUAUGCCAAAAGGAGGGGGGGAGGAAAUAUGGAUGGAUGUAUCUAAAAAACUGCUUAAUGUUAAGAAUCUCCUACUGUAGUAAUAAAAAUGAAUGCCUGAA